AUUUGAUGAACCUUUAUAUAUAGAUAUAAAUGAAGCUUCUUUAGCACAAACUUUUCAUAGGAAGCCUAAGAUGACUAAAAAUCAGUUGGAGUCUCUCAUGGGGAAAAUGAGAGGUUUGAGCCUUCAAUCUCUUGGAGGUUGCUUUGAUACCUGCUAUGAUCAGACUCAAGCCUAUGGAUUAGGGACAAGGAUUUGGAACCUGAGUGAUAGGCCAGUGGAGCUACAAAUAAGGGUAGGAUCAAUACUGAAGAAGGUUCAUAUUUUGAAGCCAGGGUCUUCAAAGAGAGUGAAAAGUAAACGCAUAUAUAAGACAUAUAUGCCUAGUAGAAGUGGAAGUGAUAAUGUUGGAAUGAAGAGUUUGUUGUAUUACUAUGAUGAGACUUGUCACCCUUAUAUAUGGAUUCAUGAUAUAGAGGGUGAUUCCUUAAGGAUGGUAAAGCAACAGUAUAUUAGCCUUGAAGAUUUGAAGAUGUCUUCUGAGAUUAGGAUCUUAAGGGAUCACCACAGAGGUUGCAUUUCUGUUUGUAAGAGAACUAGGCCUGAUUUAUGCUGAAUUUGAAUUUAACUCUAGUCUAUCUUCUUUGUAUUUCCAUUAUCAUGCUUAAUUGUGUUAUAAUAUGAAUUUUCUUAGAUGUAUAAUAAAGGCCACAUUAGAUUAAAUAUUUAAAAAUUGCAUGGAUUAACAUUGAU